CCAAAAAAUGCAGGGAUAGUUUUGUAAUUCUAAUUUUAACUUGCAAAGUACUAGCAAUCUACUGCGGAGAUCCAUGUCCUAAAAAUCGAGACGAAUUUCAAAACUGUAGUCUCAAGUUUUCUUCUGGAGCUCUUGCUUCUUCUCUCUCAUACACACUCUUACUCACUCCACUCUUCAAUAUCUUUUUUUCCUGCUUUUGAAAAGCAUAAGUAAACAAUGUAUGAUCCUCAACAUUUUGUUGAUUUACAAGAAAAUUCCAAUUUUGGGGACCCCAAAUCUUGGCUUUCCGGCGAUGAUAACUCCUCCCCUACUCUCCGCCGAACUCAUUCCCAACUCUCAGUCCACACAUCCACCUCUACUUCUACCACUGGAGCCGCCGGCAAUGUCGAUCGCGUUCUCUUCAACAACCUCGUUGAGAUGGUCCCUCUUGUAGAGUCCCUCAUAGUAAUUGAUCGGAAAACUAGCAGUUCAUUUACGAGGCGCGGUUCAAUGAUCUAUACGAAGACGCCUUCUAGAGAAUCUUUACACAAAAAGAUGAUUGAUCCAAAAGGGAGAAAUACAACUCAAUCUAUUCCGGCUAGAAAGAAAAAGGAACAUGGAGACAAGGACCAAGGGAAGAAUGCAGGUAAUAAUCAAGAUGCUGAUAGCUUCUCAAUCUUUUCCUCAAGAGCUUUGUCUAUGGAAAAGGAUGUAGAAGAGUUAUCCACAUUGAGGGAACAAGUUGAGGAUCUGCAAAGGAAGUUAUUCGAGAAAGAUGAACUUCUGAAAUCAGCUGAAAUUUCGAAGAACCAGAUGAAUGUUGUUAAUGUGAAACUUGAUGAACUGAAACAACUGGCAGCAGAGAAGGAUUCCCUAAUCAAGGCUACUCAAACACAACUUUCUGAUGCGAAGAUUAAGCUUGCAGACAAGCAAGCUGCCCUAGAAAAGAUACAGUGGGAAGCAAUGACAUCCAAUAGGAAAGUGGAGAAGCUCCAAGAGGAACUAGAUUCUGUCCAAGGAGGCAUUUCAUCAUUGAUGAUGUUAUUUGAAGGGUUGACAAACAAUGGAUCCACAACAGAUGCUGAAGAUUAUGAUGUCAAACCAUGCUAUUUAGAUUAUCUUCCAGAUAUUGAUGAUUUGGAUGACAUGGAUAUGCAAAAGAUGGAAGAAGCAAGACAAGCAUAUCUUGUUGCUGUUGCUACUGCAAAGGAAAAGCAAGAUGAAGAGUCUGUUGCUGCUGCAGCCAGGGCAAGAAUACAUCUGCAAUCUUUUGUUUUCAGAUCCAAUAAUUUGAAUGCUGGCAAGGAUUUUUCCAAUGGUGGCAUUUCACGAGGUUCUUAUGGAGCAUUUCUACACAAGGUCCAACAUGCAGUAGAUUAACAGGCUUACCUGUAACUAUUUUUUUGCCUCCAGUUCUUUAUAUUUUAUUUUUAGUUUAAUGGCUUGGCUUGUUUGCUUCUUGAUAAUUAUAUGUAUCUAGGCCACUCAAGAUCUCUCACAUCAUAUUACUUUGUACAUGGUUGGUUUGUUUCUGGGGGAGAGAGUUCAAACCAUCUAUUUGUUUAUUUUAAAGUAGAAUCCCAUUAAUAUUUGGAGCACCUAUUUUUUGUACUCAGUUUCAGCUCUACCAGUUCUUGCAUUUGCAA